AUGGCUAACGAGAAGCCUCCUUUUGAUAGCACCAAAGGCGCUGGCCCGGGAGGCGAGACAGACAGAAUUGAUUUCAAGGAUGAAAGAAGCUCUGGUUCCGCUUCACCCAGCCAGCUGCACGAAGCGACACUCUGGGAGAGACAACGUGAUCCGUACUUAGGCAAAUCAGAACACGAUAUCAUUGUGGACCUCGAGGGCCUGAUCCAGCAGUAUGAUCUUCACGACCUUGGUGGAGAGCUGGCCCGUGUGCUCUGCGGCGCUGCUGCCAUCGUUCAAGGCAUGGAUCAGACUGCAGUCAACGGAGCUCAGCUCUUCUACUUUGAGGACUUUGGCAUUACCAAUACAUGGGAACAAGGCUGUUGGACAUCGCCUGUUCUCAACAAGUACUUCGGUCGACGUGGUACUAUCUGGAUUUCAUGUUUUGUCUCUGUUGCUUCCGGAGCUUGGCAAGGUGCGACUUUUGGCAAAUGGCAGCUCUUCGCUUCACGAUUCGUUGGAGGCUUUGCGAUCGGUGCCAAGUCUUCUACUACACCUGCUUAUGCCGCCGAGUGCUCCCCUCCUCGGAUUAGAGGUGCUCUGGGAUCUCAAUGGCAAAUGUGGACUGCUUUUGGUAUCAUGCUAGGCUUCAUCGCAUCAGUAGCCUUCUAUUCUGUACAAGCCGAUGGUUACCCUGGCUUGAACUGGAGACUGAUGCUUGCCUCUACAAGUAUUCCCCCAAUUAUUGUCUGCUGUAUGACUUUCUUCGCGCCUGAAAGUCCCCGCUGGCUCAUGAGUAAGGGUCGUUAUCGUCAAGCCUUCGAGUCGCUUUGCAGACUCCGUCAAUGUCGUUUACAUGCAGCUCGCGAUCUCUACGACAUCCACGUUCGUCUCAUGCUUGAGUACGAGCUCAAACCAAAGACCGCUUGGGCUAGAGCAACCAAAUUAUUCUCAGUGCCUAGAAAUCGUCGUGCUGCGCAAUCUGCAUUCUUCGUUAUGUUUAUGCAACAAUUCUGUGGAGUCAAUGUAAUUGCGUACUACAGCUCAGCAAUCUUUAGAGAUGCUGGCUUUGGAGAGCAACAAGCACUUCUUGCUUCCAUGGGGACUGGUAUCAUUAAUUGGCUUUUUGCCAUUCCUGGUAUCCUUACCAUCGAUACCAAAGGACGUCGAUGGCUUCUGCUCACCACAUUCCCAUACAUGGCUGCAUGCCUGUUCUUCACUGGAUUCUCCUUCUUUAUCCCUGAAGAGGGUACUGCUCGCAUUGGGUGUGUGGCGACAGGCAUCUACCUAUUCAUGGUCGGCUAUAGUCCAGGCAUGGGUCCAGUGCCUUUCACAUACUCUGCAGAGUCAUUUCCACUCGCAGUCCGCGACACUGGCAUGGCGUUCGCAACCGCCACAUGCUGGGGCUUCAAUUUCCUGCUUGCAUUGACUUGGCCUCCUCUUCAAGAAGCAUUCACGCCCCAAGGUGCUUUCUGUUGGUAUGCUGCGUGGAACCUCUUUGGUUUCGUGUUCACAUGGUUCUGCCUGCCUGAGACCAAAGCUCGGCCGCUUGAGGAAUUGGAUGCUGUUUUCAACAUCAGGACGAGAGAUCAUUUCAAGUACCACUUGAUCAAGACGCCUUUGGUUGGAAAGGGUCAUGUUAGUAAUGAUUUGGUGGAGGUAGCUACCAUUAUUGAAGGCAGGGAUAUGAAGGGCGAUGUUUAG